UGAUAACUGGGGGAAAUGAAUCCUGUAAUAAAUCACGGUGAGCAACUGUUUGUUUGCGAGAUAACGGCGUAUAUUUGCCGCCGUGCGCAGAAGAGGCCUGCUGUGGAGGUUGUGGAGGCAAGUCUUGCACAAAGCGUUUCUUUGUAUAUGAUGGCAGGGGGCAGUGUGGAGGUGCAGGAGGCCGGGAGGGCACUCAAGGUCCACACGGAGACUCCUCACCUGGUCAGUCUCGGCGGGGGAAGGCUCAGUACGGCGGUCACCCUCCAUCCUCUACCUGAAGGGAGGACAACAAUAGGAUCGAGCCCAGGAGCGGACAUAGCGGUGCAAGGGACGGGGGUGGAGCCCGUGCACUGCCACAUAGACAACCACGGGGGGCUCGUGACCCUGGUGCCCGUCAGUGACAUGACCUCCGUGGAUAAUAUGAGGGUCAACCACCCCACGAGGUUGACGCAGGGCUGCAUGCUGUGUGUGGGCCGCUCUAACUACCUGCGCUUUAACCACCCAGCAGAGGCCAGGAUGAUCAAGAGCGUGCUGCCCAACUCUCGAAUCUCUGUCCUUCCGAUUGGUUUCUACCCAGAUGAUGGUGGAGGGGGUGGGGGCCUCGUGGAAGGAAAGCCCCCGACGGUGCCCCGCCGAUCGUGGGACUCCUGGGAGGGACUCAGCUCUGCUAGCAGCGAAGAGAUUGCCAGAUACAUCUCUCCCAAGGUGUUUCCAGCUGGCAGUACGACAGUUAACUCCCCUGCAGCUCUGGUGCUGGGUCCGCGGGCUGGUCAAGCCAAGCUGAGUCUCGCACCAAUCAGAGUGAAUGGAGAGAAUGACCAGCGCCACCAUGGAAACGGGAACAUAUACCAGAAUGUUUGUGCCUUGCCCAAUGGCCAGUUCGUACCCAGGGUUCACUCUCCCCUCCCCACCGCCCCAGUCACCCAACAAACCCCUCUCCCCCGCCAGUACAACACACCUAGCCCUGCCUUUGACCGAAACCCCUCGUACCCCUUCCGCAGAUCUGUAACCAGUCCUACCCACAGUUGGGGUUCCAGUGCGGAGGAUCUCUCUAGAAAAGGGGAAUCCGAGGUUAGACGAAAACAGGCAGAGACAGAUCGGCUGGUAGAACAAGAGGCUGAAAGACUGGAGAGGCAGCGAUUGGAUGAGAUACUGUUGAUGUGCGCUGACUACGAGAAGCAGGCUCAGUGGGAACGUCAGAACAAGCCUCAGCAGAACAGGAUAAUUACAAAUGGCUCACUGCCAAGAGACAAAAGGCUGCCUUCUCCCAAUUCCCCACAUUAUCAUCAAGUCUUCACUUAUGAUGGUGAUUCAAUCCCAAUGAGUCCUGACAAUCGCACUCCAGAUGUGGAUCACAAGGGUAGUCCACUCUUGGAUAGCCUCAAGCCAGACAAUGUAGAGAUCAACAGUCAUCCUCCAGCCAGUCCUCGAACUCGAAUCCGCACCAUAGCUGGCAAGGACAACACACCCAGUCGAGAACAAGCUCUUGAAAUGAUAGAGAAUCGUCUGGCAAUCCUCAACGACUAUGAGAUUCUUGGACCUCCACCUCCUCCUCGCAAUGGACCGAGGAAUGCUGCAGCUUCAUCUGAACCUCAGACUAAAGCAAUGUCAAACCCUACUUCACCAAGUGAAGUCAGAUUAAAUGCCCUUCCCAAUAGCUUCAGUUGCUCUCAAAUCAAAACCGAGGGCUCGGCCUACAAACCGUGUUCUAUUGCGGAGGCAAAUGCCUUAUCAAAAUAUGAAUUUUUUGGAUUCAAUCCAAGAAACAGUCAGGAAAUGAAUUUUCAAAAGAGUACUGAGUCUUUAAUUAGUAACACGAGUAGGCAAAGAGACAGUCUUCAGUCGACAUCUACUCAAGCAUCAGUGACGAAGAGCAGCACCAAGAUACAGUCAGAACCCUCUUGGACGAGUGCAGAUUUCAUGGCAGCCAACAACAACGUGGAUACAAUCAAGCGGCAAGACGGGAAGAAUGGGGAGUACACAACGGAACAGCUGAUAAUGCAACUGGAUGCUAUUGUGCGAGAGAGUAUGAAUACGUGUCACGACUCGUCUGAUAGAGAAAAGAUGACCCCAAGCCCUCGAUCAAGUGAGAGGGACAGUGGUAUUGCGGAGACGACAGUGCGGGAUAGUGCGAUCGUGGAAACGGCUAGAGAUAGUGAUAUCAUAGAACCUUCUGCUAAUGGAGACAAGUUUAUACUGCCCCUGCCAGAUUCUGCAACACAGGCCGAGAUACUCACCACUCUGAGAAUGGAACGAACACAACUAGUGGCCAAUCUAACCACUCUGAAGGCGAAGGUCAUGGACAUCGAACAACAAGAGGAUGAACUGAUGAGAGAGCUCGAGAUAGAGAGGGCGCUGGUAGGUGGAGAACUGCAAGCACAGAAUGAAAAGCUAGUAAGUGAGGAGAGUCGAGUAGCUUCGCUCAAACAGCGGGUGAGUGAGUGCGAGCGAGAGAUGGACAAGUGCGUGUCUCAACAAGCUGAACGGCAGAAUCAGGUCAAACGGAGGUUGGAGCAGCAGCAGCAAGUCCUCAGCACGCUGGAGCAACAGCUGCUGAAGUGUGGGAACGACACUGAACUGAGACAGGAGUUGAUCGAUUCAUGCAGGCAGCAGCAGGAGCUGCUUGAAGCUGAGCGUAAGUCAUUUGAAGACCUGGAGUUUAGUCUGCUAGAGGAGGAAGCAGGAUGGCUGUCACGACGCGAGGAGCUGCAGCGUGAGGUUAGUGAGGCAAUGACUCGCUGUGCUGAGCGCCGUCAACGGUUGGCCAGCCUGCAGGCCCAGCGGGAUCAGGCUGUGCGACAUGCAAGUGCCAACACUAAGCAACUGGAGUCACAGUUGGUUGACCUGUUGCACAGAAUUGAUGAGGGGAGACUGAGACUGAAGGAGAUUGAUGGUCAGUUGCAGAACCCCAGUAGGGCAAUCAAACUGGAACAGGAAAAAGAGAAGAAGCAAAGCCAGGAUGAUAUUGAAAGGAUCUCAAGGGUAACGUCUGGAGCCCCAAUAGAGAUGUCCUGUAACUCUUUGGGUCGGCGAACGAUAGCCUCUCUUCAAGAGAUUGAGCGAAACAGGCAGCUCCAUUUGGCGAAACAAGGGAGUCAAGUGAUAGAGGAGGAGAGAAAACGAGUGUCCGAGCUGAAACGGCGAGUACAGGAUGAGGCGAGAGCUGAGUGGGAGGAAAGGCGGCAGAGAGAGAACAACUGUCACUCGCUCAACAGUGUGGGCAGUGAGGAGUCCAGUCUCACUUCUAGCGACCUUCAUACGGAAAGUGCAAGCAGCGAGGAUGCGGAGAAAAGAUUAACUAGCGAGCCGAACGAAAGCAAAAUUGAAGAAACUCAGAAUCAAGAAAAAAUCGAACAGACGAGCCAUGAGAGGGAGUGUGACAGGAAGGAUAAUGGUCAAGCAGACAGCAGGCCUAUGUCUGAUGCGUCCACCUACAGCGAGGACCAACUCACCAUAAGGAUGAGGGGCAAGAGUUCCACAAACUUGCAGAGGCCAUUGACUCGUUACCUUCCAAUCAGAGGAGAGUCGCUGGAUCUGAGGCAGCACAUAGAGAGUGCCGGACAUCAAGUGGACCUCUGCCCUCACGUCGUGGUAGACAAGAUCUCCUGCCGAGGUUUUCUGCACAAGAUGACUUCACGGUUCCACAACUGGAACAAGCGGUGGUUUGUGUUCGACCGGUCUAGGCGGACACUGACCUACUACAGUGAUCGCAGCGAGAGGAAGCCUAGGGGUGGAGCUUACUUUCAGGCAAUAGAAGAAGUGUAUGUCGACCACUCUAAUGGGGUGAAAUCACCCAAUCCGGCCGUCACAUUUGUGAUAAAGAGCAGCGAAAGGACCUACUACCUGGUGGCCCCCAGUCCGGAAGCCAUGAGGAUCUGGGUGGACGUCAUCUUUACAGGAGCAGAAGGCUACCAGGAGUUUGCCCAUGGGUCAUAGCAGUCAUGCGAUAGUCUCCUUCAAAUGUCUCUGUAGCUGUCCCCUUCAGGGGUUUUGUUGCACAAAAUUGUUUCUGAAGGGGAAGAAAUGCAAAGGAAGAAAGAUCAAACAGGGAAUCGUUGAACCAGUGAAUCAUUCAAGGCCUUUUGCAGUCAAAGCUCUAUGAAUUCUUGCAUAGUUUGGAUGUUUUCCAAUUCAGGCAUUUGGGGUGACCGUAUUCAGAUCUUUAUGUUUGUUUAAGAAGAGGAUUUUCUUGCUACCGUAAAGAUACUUGAUUUAUAUAUCAACGAUUGUGCAAGCUUCUUUUUUAUAAAUAGACUUGAAAUAUUACUAAUUUCCAUAUGUAUAGUAGAUUGGUAGAUAUCAAAGAUUUAAUUUUUAUUUUACAGUGUUUUAGCUUUCUUUAAAAGCUAUAAAUCCAAACUAAUUAUAUCCUAACCCCUGUGUUUUCUGUGCGUUAUGAUCUUUUUGGUAUUUUGCUAAGCUUUUGUGCUCAUUAAAAUAUUGUAUUAGCUGUAAUACAGUCAAUUGUGACUAUGAAUUUGUUUUGUGGAACAGACAAAUCGGUGCUAAUUAUUGAAGUGCAUGUUAUUAGGCUAUUUUAUUUGCAACAUGAACAAAAAAGAGCUGUUGUUGGGUUAUUUCAACAUUGCUUACCUGAGCUUGUCUACAGUAUUUUUUAUUUGAAGUAAACAUAGACCUUGAAACAUUUACCAGGUAGUGUGAAAAAGUUGUGCUGGUAGUUAUAAAAGUAAAAAUAAAACACUCGUUUUCUUACUCCACGUAUUAACUACCUACAUUAUAUUUUGUUUAGUAAAGUAAGUGUACUUAUUAAAGUUUAUUCAUAAAUAUGAAAUUAGUGCUUCAUAGAAGUACAUAGUCGGACAUUGUCACCUGGUUAAAUUUAUACCACAUUCCUUAACAUAUUUAGAAAGGCCUUGUCUGUUUAAAAAUGAUUUCCCGUAAUAAUUUUCAAGCAAGGACUAUUCAUUGAAAAUAUAUUAAUAAUUAUUAUAUGUUAAGCAAAUUUAAUAAUAUUAAGAAGAUUAAAUAACUUUUUUUAUAAACAAGUAAUGAUCAAAUAAACCAGAGCUUGCUUAUUACUGUGUUUAAGUAUAAUAAUUGUUGUAUCAUACCCUAUAUAGUAGGUAAAUUAGAUAUAUAAUAGUUAUAAUAAAUGUAGUUACAGUUUAUAAGUAUUUCCAAAGAUAAUUUUAGUUUUAUUAACAAUGAUUGUUCUGUAGAACAGAUGUUCAUAAAUGAUUAUUAUUUCAUUAGAUUUAUUAUUAGUUUUACUAUAGAAAUUUUGUAAGUUGUCAUCAAUGUAUGAUUGUUAAAAACUUGUAUACAGGCUUGUUGAGAUAAGCGUUUUGAAAUUGUCAGUUAUAUUAGUUAUAUUCUUUGGAAUCCAAUUAUGAAAGCAAACUAUAUUUUGCCUGACUUUUCUGCUAAAGACUAAAACCACUUCUUGGUGAAGUUAUGAUCAUUAUAUUUACAGAAUGGAUAUAAAAAUUGGUUUUAAAGCUUGUAUGGUGAAAAUAACUGUAUCUAAAAGUAAGAUGUCCAAAUUCAAGACACUUUUUAAAAGGAUAAAGUAACUGUAUUGUUAAUCUAUACAUACACUAUGCUUGUUGUUUUUCUAGUGAUAAUUGUGUAGAUUCAUAUACUAAACGUAAAAAGUAGACCUUUCUGUACGUUUCUCUUUGUAAUUGUAUAUGUUUGUCUAUCUUGUCCAGCAAAGUGUAGAAAGGCAGACUAUGAGAGAGUGUAACUAUAGUGGUAGUGUAUUAUUGUACAUUGUGUAGUUGUUACAGUGACAUGUGGGAGAUGAGUGGUAGGAGAAGCUCACUGCUUCAGACUGAAUGUAUAUAUAAACUUUGUGCCUUUCUGUGCCAACUUUACAUAUAAUAUAUAAACCAAGUUACUCAA